CCCCAACCACUCAGAGUUUCAGGUCCCUGCAGUUAGUGUCUCUCCAAGCCUCCUCGACGCGAAAGUCACGGGGGCCGCGUUAAUGGCUGGGAGCUAGCGCGUUUUACUUAACGCGCUUGCAUUUAACUAACUUGCAUCACCACUUUAGCUCGAAUUCUCACAACGAUACUCUUCUCAUUUCUACGCAUUGCACUACCACACAUAUCAGCAUAUACUUGCAAUACUCACGGUUUCCGUCUUUGCUUUCGUGAAUACUGUAUUUGUGUAAUUGGCUUGUUUUUGUAUCAAUUGCCCAGAAUUCGUUUCGUUCGAGCUCUCGUCACAAGAGUCCCUCCCUCGUAUCGAGGGCUCAUCGUGCAUCCACCUCUUCCCACCAUCAGUCUCCACCUACAAGCUAUCGCCAUGUCGACCCUCAAACGUAAAGCAGGCGCCUCAGCCGGGAACGAUUCGAAGAAGCCUAAAGCUAAUGGCAACAUUGCCUCUUUCUUCGGAGCAGCUCCUAAGCCUACCGGUACUGGUGCUUCUGCUCCCGCACCAGCCGUCAAGUUUGAUAAGGCCAAGUGGGUGGCUUCCUUGAAGCCAGAGCAGAAAGAGCUCUUGCAGCUCGAAAUCGAUACUCUUGACGAAAGCUGGUUGGCGCAUCUCAAGGAUGAUCUUGUUACAAAGGAGUUCCUGGACCUGAAGCGAUUCUUGGAUCGGGAAAUCAGCUCUGGUCGCAAGGUGUUCCCACCUAGGAACGAUAUCUACUCAUGGUCCCGUCAUACCCCUUUCAGCAAUGUCAAGGUUGUCAUUGUUGGUCAAGACCCUUAUCAUAACGAUAACCAGGCUCACGGAUUGGCAUUCUCCGUUCGACCACCAACUCCUGCACCACCGUCGCUCAAGAACAUGUAUAUUGCUCUGAAGAAAGACUAUCCUACUUUCGAGCCACCACCCAACCGAGGAGGUCUUCUCACCCCCUGGGCAGACCGUGGCGUUCUCAUGUUGAACACCUGCCUCACAGUUCGAGCCCAUGAGGCCAACUCGCACUCCAAUCGAGGAUGGGAGAAGCUCACACAGCGAGUCAUUGAUCUAGUGGCGCAAAAGAGAACAAGGGGUGUUGUUUUCAUGGCCUGGGGAACACCAGCCGGCAAGCGAGUGCAGAAGAUCGAUCGCGUCAAGCAUCUUGUACUACAGAGUGUCCACCCUAGCCCUCUCAGUGCUUCCAGGGGGUUCUUUGACUGCGGUCACUUCAGAAAAGCCAAUGACUGGCUGGUUACACGAUAUGGGCCUGAAGGAGAGAUUGACUGGGCACUCGGACCUGGCACUUCCACGAAAGUUCCAGCGACGGAAGCCGAUGCCAAAGAGGCUAAAUCUGCUGAGAAAAAGGCUGAGGCCAUUGAGAAGACUAAGCCUGAAGUGGUGAAGAAGGCUGAAGAGGACAAGGAGAACGAUGCUUUCGACGAAGAUGAGGAAGCUCUCGAAGAGGCCCUUAGGUUGGCUGAGGAAGAGGAGAAGGAGAAAGAAAAGUAGUGUUGAAAGUGUUCAAACUCGGAGUGGAUUUGUGUUAUGACGGCGUUCAACACUAAGUGAAAGGUACAUGGCAUGCAAGCGUUGGGACAGCUUUUCAACUAUUAAGUUUUCGGUUCCGGGUCAGGGAUCAAUGUAGGAUCAGCCUCGGGAAUCUAGGUACAUGGAUAUUGGAAAAGGUUUAUAGGAUGGAUGAAUACGGAAUAUUAUGACGCUCAAUACGUGAUCCUCACCUGGUGCAACUCCCCACAACCUGACGCAUAAAGUGAUAGAUUGUUUCGGAAAUCAGGGCGCGGCCGGAAGGGACAGAAAGUUCCGGUUUGAGGCAGAUCCUUGAUAUCUGAUGCUCAACACUUUUAUCGUAUCAUGUUCACGGUCAAGAGAAAGGUCCGUGUUUAAGAAAUUGUCAAGGCAUCCCCACUGUUCAGCCCGCCGAACUGAUCUCAUCUGGGUAUCCUUUUCAAAGGCGAAGGCGAAGCGGGGGAGACGUUUUCGUUUCGAGAAGAAUGAGGCGAUCUUGUCGUCUCUAUGUUUGGUAAAGGAUACUGGUGUGCAUGAGAUUGAUUAUGUUGGUGUGAAAUAUUGUAGGUCACUCCAGGCUGCCAUCUUGUACGAGGAGCUGAGCCAAUCAAGGCAGAUACCGGUUCUUCUAAACAUCGGUGGCCUCUGAGCAUAUAUUUAAGGAAGAAAAAGCAUAUGUUAAGCUGAGAUGAGCUUUGGCGACUAGGGUUCCAGGGCUGUCAUGAGGCAGAUCAUGGAUCCAUGACGGACAACGGGAACAGC